CAACUUUCAUUUCCACCUAGCAGCUUUUUGGAUGAGUUAGAUGGUAAACAAAAAUCAACCAGCAACUUCUUUUGGACGGGCAUAGACCGUGAAGAGUACAAAAGAACAGACGAUUUUGGAAGGAACACAAGAAAAAAAGCAAAAUGGCUGAGGAAGUGUACAAGAAACAAGAGGUAGAGAGAAAAAAAAAUGUCGCGGCAAAGGAGCAACUGGUGUCGGAAUAUUAGUUGUUGAACUGGAGGACUUCCAAAGGCAGUUAGAAACACAGUUAGAGAAAAUCUAAAGACUAAAAAUACAGUGGUGUGCGAGCACGUUCGGGAGAUGACGAUGCUCGUGAAUCCGAUGAGGACUUCCGAGGACAAUUAUUUAUCGCCGUUCCAACACGAGGAUGAUCCCGAGAACGGGAAUCAUCGUCAGCAAGAAAGAAUUAUUUGGUCUUUUAAUAGUGUUUAUUGGUUACGUUUUAUUGGGAGGACUUGUGUUCAUGCUUCUUGAAAGUCCGUUAGAAGAAAAACUAAGAAGAGAAAUUGAAGAACUCAGAACUGAAUUUGAAGAUAAACUUAAUCGCUUGGGUGACCCUAACGUCACCCGGGCCGAUAUGGAAGGACUGAUGCUGCGUCUCUCAGCGGCCCAUCGAAAGUCACUCAUUGAUGAAGAAGGAAAUGAUACGCACAGUAACUGGAGUUUUGAAAAUUCCUUCUUUUUUGCCAUCACAGUAGUUACAACAAUCGGCUAUGGUCACCUAGCUCCUUCCACUACUGGUGGUCGCCUCUUUUGUGUACUAUACGCUACUGUUGGAAUACCAUUAACAGGCAUUUUACUAGCGGCUAUAGGAGGUCAUUACAGUCAGAGGCUAGUUAAAGGGAUACAGAGAGCUCGUAAAGACAGGCGCCCACGACUAGCCCAAUCCUUAUCGGCAGCCAAGUUUCUAAUACCCUGGAUGUUGGUAUUUCUGGUUAUUCCAGCUGGGUUCUUCGUUUGGCUUGAAAAAUGGUCAUUUGUUGACAGUUUUUAUUACUGCUUCAUUACACUGUCAACCAUAGGCUUUGGAGAUUUCGUGGCUGGGAAUUUUGAAGGUAAUUACGUUGGAGUGUAUAAAACUUUCGUUGUUCUUUGGAUUAUCUUUGGAUUGGGUUACUUAGCUAUGCUGCUGAAUUAUAUAUCUCGAAUGAUGCGGUGCAAACAAAUAAGAAAAGUGGAGAGAAAAUUAUCCAGCAGCAUUUACGUAACACAACAAAGAAUGGGACAAAGAUUGGACGAAGUUUAUCAAAUAAUACAGGACGUUUCCAAGACUCGAACUAUGAAGCCUCGAAAUCGUGCAGCCCUGAAGCGUAUGCAGUCUUUCCCGGCUCCAGAGCUCAAGGACCAGAACCACAACAACAAAAUCCAGAAGAUCCUGACUCUUGUGCAGGCUGUAAAGGAAGAAGAACCACAAAUAAGACCUCGAAGGCUGAGUUUGCCUUUACCAACUUCUCCUGGGCUCACAUCUGCCAACUUUGGUCGUGGAUCCUUGCAAGUGUUUUCAUCUGCCAUUUUAAACGGACCUCAACAACAAACUACUCAAUACAAAAUGGGCAAUGGCCAUCUUUUAAAACCUCCAAAAACAAUAACCCUUGCCCCCAGUGACUUAGAAAUUAAUCGGUGUGCAACAAGGCAGGAAACGUCGACUACUGUCGACGAGGAAAAACCUCACAGGUCGAAUUAUAUACGAAGACCUAGUAUAGCUGUGAUUGAUGUUAUUUCUGCCGAAUUUCCUUCUCUAAAUGUUAAAACAACACCGAACGCUCGGACGAUAAUCGAUUUGGAGGGUUUACAAUGCACUGAAGUGUGAACUUAUCAUAAAUGAACUAAUCUAGUCAAAGAAAUGCUAGUCUUGAUUUACGAACUCAUUCUGUUGAAAACGAAUAUUAAGUCAUCAUCGUUAUCCGCUCAUAAAGUUCAAUAUGGAUAGCAUGAGAACUAAAUGAAAUUAAUCUGAACCUGAAAUGCAUCUCGUAAGCGAUUGUGGAUAAGAUCUAAAUACAUAACAAAAGACAUAGAUUUUUUCCUACAGAAGGAUCUAUAGAUUUUUUUUAAUUAGAAAUGACCCUUUUAUUAUUUUUAUGGGUUUGAACUAAUGCUGAUACUGCUGGUCUUCUCAGUGUUAAAUCCGAGUGAAGAUAAAUUAAAAGGAAACCAAUGUACUGAUUAAAUUCAGAUGGAAA